AGGAUAGGCACAAUAUUUUUCUUGAUGGGAAGUCACCUGUACUUGCGGCGAACUAUACAGGAAAGAUUAUUGGCAAACAAAAAAAAUAAUAAGACUUGAUAUUCCCACUAAUAAAUACAGCUCUGACGCAGGUUGAUCCACACAACCUCAUCCCUUCCUCAUCCUGUCACACCAACUAUACUCACUGCCAUUUUCUCAAUCUCCUGUGCAUGUGUAUUAAAGUGAAAGUGUCUUAUUAUUAAGUGGCAACAAAAAAAGAGAGAGAAAAAAGGGGCUCCUGUGGCAUAUCAACUCAAAGUCAACUGAGCAAUAUGGGGAUGAGUCGCAUACUGCUAUUGGAGGUCCUCUUCUGUGCUGUUAUCCUCCAAGCAUAUCUGGGAGAUGCUGUGAGACAGAAGAGGGAAGAUGAUGAUGAGACAGUGUAUGGCACUCUACCUGCCACUACCACUGAGGACCCUGCCAAACCCUGGGGAGCCAAAGGCGGCAAGGACGCCCGUGAAUUGGACCCCAAGCCCAUCAUCCACAUGAACAAGAAGCAAAAGGACACAUUUGUCAAAAAGUUGAAAAAGGCCAAUCCCCAGCUCAAGAAACGCUUGCUCAAGUUCAUGUACAAGCAGCGCGAGGAUGAUAUUGCUGAGUUGAAGGAGAAACUUGGGCCAGAUGGGGAAUGGCCCACCAAGGCACCGCGGAGUCCAGCUGAAGGGGACCAGGAUGAUGCAAAGAAGCAUGAUGAUGCUGCAAAACGACGGGAGGAAGUGUUGCGGAAGAAGGAGGAAGAGAAGAAGAAGAAGAUUGAGAAGAACAAGGAGAGCAACAAGAAUGAAGAGUAAUAAUAAUGGGAUGAGGAAGACUACAGGAUCAAUACCACGUUUUUUCUGUUUCAGAAAUGAAACUGAUGUACCAUAUCCCUUGUUAAUGUCAUACUCCUCCUUGUUAUAAUACUCUACACUCCCUCAAUUACAGCUGCUGAUGGUGUACAUGCUUUUGUGCAUUCUCUCUUUCUCUCUGUCAAAUAAAUUGCUCUAUAGUUUCUCAACUAAA